GAAGGAGGGGGCGGUGAAAGCAGAGCUGUGAUGCAGACAGCGAAUCACAUGAGCAGGGAUCUGUUUACAAACUGAGAGCUGUAGACGAGAAGUGGAGAAGAGAGACGAGGAAGGAGAGUGAAUGUGAAGAGAAAAUACAGGAGAAGAGAGCAGAGGAUCUGGAUCUGAAUGAACAUUAGCUGCAUUGUGUUCCUGUGAUACAUACCUCCCUGUGUUCAGAGCAGGAAGCCAGGGGAAGAGAUGAGGAGUUGCUUUCCACAGGAACACUGAAAGGCUGCCUGCCUGGCUGGCUGGCUGGCUGCUGGCUGGCUGGCCGUGCUGCUGGGGAACCCAUCCAUGUCCUUCCCUUUGUCUCUCCAUAAUUGGCCACGGCAGGUUUUCACAGCCAGAGAGGAGGAAAGCGACGUUUAGAUCUAAAAGGACAGGACAGAGGAGAGAGAAGAAAGGAGAAGAGAAAAGAAGAGGAGGAAGGGAGGGAGAGCCUUGUGACAAUGUUUCGACGGGGAGACAAAGCAAAAAGGCAGUGACUGCACUCGGCCUGAGGUUCAUAACCAGAGAGUUGGAUACGAUUUGGACUGUAUUUCCUCAUCUUGUCAGUGACAUUGGUGUCUUCUUGUCUACAAGACUCCACGCUGCUUUCUUUGUCAUGCACUGGGAGGACACAAAGGAAAACUUAGAUCUCUACCUCUGAUGUAUUUGCAGUUGUUUGGAAAUCUUAGUUGAGGUGGAUGUUUGUGUUACAUUUCUGGGGGUUGAUCAUCACUGCAAGCUGGUAUAUCGAGCUGAGGUGAAGAGCUGGUUGUUUGACAUUUUAACUUCUCGAGGAACUGACUUCAAUCUGAUGUCCUGAUCCAGACCACAAGGAUUUACCUCACUGUACAUCUGCACCAUCAACUGUCAGAGUCAACUUGAACCUGAAAGGUACCUGACACAGAGGCCAAAAUUCCUCAUUUUGAGUCCCAGAAAGAAAUUACAGUUUGUGUUAUUGGAGGUCACAAUCCCAAAGGUUACCUGGCUGUGCCAUCAACUGCACAAUUGAUGCAUCCUAUCCAAUGGUGUAACGGGUGUCUGUGUGACCUUGGAUUGCAGAACUCUGAUCCCUACUGCAAGAUGACGUCUGAAGAGCUCUUUCACCUGCCGCUCAACGUUUACAUUAUCAUCCUGGGCAUUGGCCUAUUCAUCCUCAUGCUAAGCCUCAUCUUCUGCUGCUACCUGUUCAGACUGAGGCGACAAGGUGCAAGAGAACAGUAUGGCUACAAUGAGGUUGUUUUGAAAGGAGCAGGGAAGAAACUGAGUCUUCUUGGACAAACAUGUGCGGUGUGUUUAGAAGAGUUUCGCAGCAGGGACGAGCUUGGGGUGUGCCCAUGUUCCCAUGCUUUUCACAAGAAGUGUCUGCUGAAGUGGUUAGAGAUCCGCAGUGUGUGUCCCAUGUGCAACAAGCCCAUUUGCCGCCUCCAGCCGGACCCACCGCCUGCACCUGAGCGCCCACAGAGUCUCCUGGAGGUCUGAGAGAGCAACGUACGUCCAGCAGCUCGUCACACUCUCCAGUCAAAUGACCUGUCAUCGCACCGGAUCCUGUUCCACAUGAACAUCCACUGUCCAACUGACUGUAGUUUAGUAAUGCAAACAUUUUGAAGCAGAGCUGCUCUGGAAGUAGAAAUAAUAUAAACAUGAGACCAGACAGGCAGAGAGUCUACCUGGCAAACUGUAGGAGGGACACCAUACCACUGAGACUUAGGCGGUAAUUCUAAUGAUCAUAUCAGUUCACUAAUACUUGACAUGGCAUUCAUAAAACAGGACUGAGGCUAGCUAUUGAAACUACAUAUUGGAAUUUUCAACACACAGCCUAAAAUGCUUAUGCUAAUGCACAAGUGCCUUAAAGCUGCAUGUCCUCUAAAGGCCACUCAAAACAAAUGAAAUCGGUGUUAUCAAGACAAGUUGUCAGCCAGCCAAUUCCCCUUCAUAUGUGUGUACUGGUGACAGUAUUCAAAUUAGUUUCAAUGGGAGGAUAAGGACUUGAAGAGAGAUGUGUUUGCCCACCUAAUGGGUUCUCUCAUUUUAUUUAACUUUUUUGGCUUAUACAAUAAGAACAAAAACAGUCACAGUCAAAUCACACAACACAGUCAUGUAAGUGAACAAUGCAUCUACAUCAUGAUGCAGACAGUCUUUGCUUCUGCUGAAAAAUACAGUGUUCUGCUUCACCUGUCUGUUAUGACACCAAAUGAUUAAAUGUGCUAAGUCCUCGUUUGCUUGGCAGGGACCCAAAAACCUAAACUCCAGACUGCAAAAGGAUCUGUCUCAAUCUCUUGGUUAACAUGCUGGUCCCAGCAGAAAAGCAGCAUGGCUUUUUGAGUUGGUUUUAGGUUGGGCAGAACAAUUCCUCUGAUUUCAAAUCGAAAUCACAAUGUGCAAUCAAGGUCAAACCUGUGGAGGAAAAUGCCUUUUAAACCUUAUUCUGGGGAGUCAUCAAAUGUUUUGUUUCUUUUUAUCAGAUUUAACUGAUCAUUCUUUAUAUGCACUGAAUUUGUAGUUUGGCUCUGCUUAUUCAUUUAGAAAGUAGUCUGGUCUAUGCAUCUAUUCAUUAUCUAUACACUUUAAUCCUUAAUCUUCAUGAGGGCCACAGGGUGGUUGGAAUCAUAGACAUAAUAAAGAGUAGACGCCGCUCGGGCUGCUGCGCAGCGAGAAAUACGUCCGCCCUCUUGGUCCGGUCACCCGCUCCACUCAGCGCUGUUUGACAGCGCAUUUAAUCCAUCUUAACUCUGAAUAUUAAACUGAUAUUCACGCGUUUUUAUUUUUAUUGUUUUUGCUGCAAAUGUCAUACAUGUAGCUAUGAUACAGGACAAAUGGUUCAGCGUAUUUUAAUAUUCAUAGUGGGAUUAACAGUAAUAGAAUAUUCUGAUAUUAAGCUCGACUGUAGACAGGUAUUUUGCAAACACUGUAAACACACACACACUAAUAUAUGUUAGAGAAGCAGAUAAUGGCAGUAAAGUCAAUUAUUUUAAUAAUUUGAAGAGACAAUAUAUGAUUACGCUAUAUAUACAUAUAUAAACAAAAUACUGAUUAAUGAACACAUAUUUCUAUAUAAAACAAUAGAUAGAAUUUAUAUAUCAGAGAAAAUGAAUAUAUAUAAAUCAUAGAUGGAGUAUUAAUAUAAUCAAUAUAUCAGAGAAAAUUAUUAUAUAAAUCAUAUAUAGACUAUCAAUAUAAUUCAUACAUAUAUAUUAAAAAGAUAUAUCAGAAAGUGAUUAUAUAUAUAUAUAUAUAUAUAUAUAUAUAUAUAUAAAUAUAUAUAUUGUUUUAUAUAGAAAUGUGUUCAUUAAUCAGUAUUUUGUUUAUACAUGUAUAGACAGCGUAAUCAUAUAUUGUCUCUUCAAAUUAUUAAAAUAAUUGACUUUACUGCCAUUAUCUGCUUCUCUAACAUAUAUUAGUGUGUGUGUGUUUACAGUGUUUGCAAAAUACCUGUCUACAGUCGAGCUUAAUAUCAGAAUAUUCUAUUACCUAUUAUUAUUAUUAUCUAUUAUUCCCGCUAUGAAUAUUAAAAUACGCUGAACCAUUUGUCCUGUAUCAUAGCUACAUGUAUGACAUUUGCAGCCAAAAAAUAAAAAUAAAAACGCGUGAAAAUCAGUUUAAUAUUCAGAGUUAAGAUGGAUUAAAUGCGCUGUCAAACAGCGCUGAGUGGAGCGGCUGACCGGACCAAGAUGGCGACCCCACCGCUCGUCAGCCCCAAUGUACAGUAGCGGUUGAUGCGGCAUCUACUCUUUAUUAUGUCUAUGGUUGGAAUCUAUCCCAGCUGACUUCAAGGAUGGCUCCUUCAUUGUGUCAGUUGUGCCAGGCCCUCAGCAUGCGGAGGAUGUCGAUGUGCGAUGCUAUUGUUGUCACCGAACUAAUGAGAUUAUUUCUACUUCCAGAGCAGCUCAGCCUCUCAAAGAUGUUUGUAUGACAAACUCCAGUCUGCUCAGUUUUCAGUUUGGCCCCAAGUGACAUGCAGCUCCUCGUAAAUAUAACGUGUUUUGGUGUAUUGCCACAACUUAAGAGCCUGGAGUCUGGAAAGAAGAAAACUCAUCCACCAAAAAACACCAGCUAUGAAGAUAUCAGAACAUCCUAUUGCUCACCGUUGCCCCAAAUCUGAUGGCAAGUGCAGAGACUGUAAUGAAGGAUGUGCAGGAUUUUUACAAUCAAAACAACCAGAGAGGCUUAUUUAAUUUAACAAAACAGGACAAUUAUGGACUAACAAGAUGGAUGCAGUGGGAUAUGGCUGUAUCUAUUGUCUCACAGUCAGUUGUACAGUGUGUUGCCAAGCUGAGUGAAGGUAGCGAUGCCUUAAAUGGCAAGACAGUUGAAUCAUACAGGAUCUGACAGAAAAGACAACUAUAUGCUGUCACAAGCUUGUUCAGCUAUAACGAAGAGUCCUAAGUGACUCAACCACUAAAAAACAACAUAUAUACAUGAUUUUUAAAGUUAUUUGUAAGGAAAUGUUUUGUAUUAUAACUAGCUUUCAAUAAAAUGUAUAGUGUGUCAGUGAUGCUAAAA